CGGCCGGGCAUGGUUAUGGCCAGAGCUAGCAUCUAUGCCUUUAUUUAAGUGUUCGCUAAGAGCACUGCUUACCGACAGCCUGUUCAAAGGCUAUAUAGACGGCGUAAGUAUUCGGGACCUACUCGUAUUAACACGUGGAGGGUGACUGCUAUAGUCACGUGGCUCUACCAUCGCAUGAGCUGUCGACGCGUCCCAAAACAAUUUGCUUUUCGCUAAUGCCCGAUCCGGCCGUGGAUCGAUAAGAAGCGAUUCCAUUCGGAGUAAAUAAUUAAACAAAACAAAUAAAGCCCCCGCCGCCGUGCAGGAAUAAAGGGGGAAGCGGAGCAGAAGGAGGAGGAGGUGGAGGAGGAGUCGUCAUGGCGGAUCCGGGCAAGACCAGCACGGGCAUAUUCGCGAAAAACGCGAAGAAACGCAUAACCAGAGCCCAGGAGAAGGUCCUGCAGAAGUUGGGAAAAGCGGAUGAGACGAAGGACGUACAGUUUGAAGAACAAGUGCAAAACUUCAACAAACAGUAUAACGAGGGAAGCCGAUUACAGAAGGAACUACGAGGCUACCUUACGGCUGUAAAAGCAAUGCAUGAAUCUUCAAAGAAGAUGAACGAAACCCUUCAAGAUAUUUAUGAACCUGACUGGCAUGGAAAAGAAGAUGUACAGGAUAUUUCACAGAACAGCGAUGAGCUCUGGGGUGAUUUUCAUGAGAAGCUGGUUGAUCACUCACUCCUCACUCUGGAUACGUACCUCGGACAGUUCCCCGACAUCAAGUCACGCAUUUCCAAACGUGGACGGAAGCUGGUGGACUAUGACAGUGCCAGACACCACCUUGAGUCACUGCAGGGCACCAAGAAAAAGGAAGAUGUCAAAGUAGCUAAGGCAGAAGAGGAUUACCUGAAGGCACAAAAGGUGUUUGAGGAGAUCAACAAUGACUUGCAAGAGGAAUUGCCGGUGAUUUUGAACAGCCGAGUGGGGUUUUAUGUGAACACAUUCAAGAGUAUCGCUGGCCUUGAAGAGAAUUUUCACAAGGAAAUUGGACAGCUGAACCAUGAGCUACUCGAUGUCAUGGUGAAACUGGAGGACCAGCACUCGACCAAGGCCUUCUCCAUCCACGGAGCUCCCAGGGACUCGAGGCCACUGAAGACACGCGAGCCGCCCCCCAGCAUCGUGGAGCCGCCCGCGGGCACCAGCCCAACGAGCGACGAUGCGACGCCGAGCCCCACCCAUGCCCCCACCCCUCACAAGUCGCCCAUGCAGGGCCGGAAAGGACCACCGGUCCCACCACCCCCCAAACUCACCCCCAGCAAGGAGAUGGCACAAGAGGCCAUCGUCAACCUCUUUGAUGACAACUUUAUGCCCAACGCUGCCACCGCAAGCACACCCUUUGAGGUCCCCUUGUCCAAGAGAGCAGACACAGGAAGCCUCCUCGAUCUGGAUUUUGAUUCCGUGAAACAAGAGCCCACGUCUCCAUCCGUAUUUCCACCGCAAAAGAACCAGCCAGUGGAGCUGACCCUGAAAGAUGCGAGCUUCGGAUGCAUGGCAAACGUCUCGGCGGAGCGUCCCCCGAUUGCCAACGUCUCCACUUCGGCCCAGUCUUAUGAAUUUCCUCCAGGUUUCUUGUACAAGGUGCAGGUCCAGCACGACUACACACCUGUGGACACGGAUGAGUUGUGCUUGAGCAGUGGCGAAGUGGUGCUUGUCCUGCUCUUUGAAAGCCCUGAGCAGCAGGAUUCGGGCUGGCUCGCAGGCAUCAAGGAGGCAGAUUGGAUCGCUCACAAGGUCCUUGAGGGCCACAAGGGCGUAUUCCCAGACAACUUCACCCUUCGCAUCGAAUAGACAACCAUUUUUAUCCCGUUGCUAUCUCGGGGUCCAUUGCGGUGGGGGACGGGGGAGGUGAUUUAAAUCCCAUCCACCUCUGCACGCAAUGGGACAUCUUGAGUAAAUGACCCGUCCGUGUGCGCUUGUGUAACUGUGUAACUGUGUGUGUGUGUAUUAUUGGUCUAUACCAUUGUGGAGGCUCUUGUUAUGCGUGAGAUUUCGGACCCGGGGUUUCUGCUGCAUGUGGUCCCCGGACAGCUAGCAAGCACGAGGUCGACAAACCCAUGUUAAGUGAAAGAGAGAGCUUCUAAAUAAUCUGCACUGAUGUGUAAUGAUUACAUUUCUGUCACGUUGACAGAUAUUUGUAUCAAAUAUGUAGUUUGACUGCGAGAUUUGGGUUUGUAUGACUUUUUAUUAGCUAAUUAGUGGUCAGUGCACUCUGACAUCACCAUUAACAUUGCGGGCACUUGGACAGGCAGUGUAGUUCGGUUACAAGUGUUUUAUUCCUGUAACACUGUUAGGUUUUCAUAUGGCACCAAAUGUUACUUCUUAUACCCAUUUUCAAACAACUUUUUGUCCAUGUGCAUCCAGUAUUAGUCUGUUUAUCGAAAUCCCAGGUGUUAAAACAAUGGUGUUAACACAAUUCCUGCUUUAGUAUUGUGAAUUAUCUUUGGUAAAUUUGUUGAAAGUUGUAACUAAUUGGCCAGCUGUUGUUGAUCGAUUAUUGUCAUUCAGUGCUAUGUAAGUGUUAAUGAAAUAUGUAAAGUAUUAUUUAAAUGUCAAAUUGCUGAGCUGUGAUUUCCAAAGUUUUAAGUAUACGUAAAAACACCACAAUAACGGAAUCCUGAAGAGUUUGCAUGUUUCGUGGAAUAACCAGUUGUUUGCAUAUUUAUUUGUCAGAUAAAUUUAAUUAAUGAGGUUAUUUUGUAAACAAUCUGGCAGUGUGGGGGGGGGGGUCCAAUAUUGGAGCCUGAGAGUCACUGUUCUGAAAUUACCGUAAGAGUCCUUUUUAAUGUACCGUGUUGUGACUCCACUGAUUUGUUUUCCAGCGCGAUUGCGAAUAAAGUGGGGUAGAACGAC